CAAAGCACUAGACGAGGCGGUGGCGUUAAAGAAGCCAAUCAAGAUUCACGAGGCGAUGAGGUACUCACUUCUGGCCGGAGGAAAACGGGUCCGGCCAAUCCUCUGCAUCGCCUCUUGCGAGCUGGUCGGAGGAAGACGGUGGACUUAAAGGAGCUGGAGUACAUUCAUAUCCACAAGACUUCAAAGCUUUUAGAGGCCUCGGUGGUGUGCGGCACCAUUGUCGGCGGAGGGAGCGUGGUGGAUGUGGAGAGGCUGAGGAGCUACGCGAGGUGCAUUGGGCUUUUGUUUCAGGUGGUGGAUGAUAUUCUUGAUGUCACAAAGUCGUCGGAGGAGUUGGGGAAGACGGCGGGGAAGGAUUUGAGCAGUGAGAAGGCGACGUACCCGAAGCUGAUGGGAAUUGAGAAGGCCAGAAAAUUUGCAGAUGAGCUGGUGGAGAAGGCCAUUCACAAGCUCAGUUACUUUGAUGCUGCUAGAGCUGCACCACUGUAUCAUCUGGCCUACUAUAUUGCAAAUAGGCAAAAUUAA